UCAAAGCAAAAUACUAAACAACAUAAAAAAUAUUCCAAAAUUCUGAAUUCAACUAAUUAAAUUAGCAAUUUAUAACUAUGGGAAGCAUGUCUCAAGUGGUCACAUCAACAAAUCUGCCAAUGUAUUCAAUUCAAACGUUUCUCAAGAACUAUAUACUGGUUGCUGGUGGUGGCGGUUCUAGCAAAACUGGCAUUGCUAAUGGAUUUGAAGUAUUCAAGCUUAACAGAGAUGGUAAAACUAUAUCAAUGACAAAAGUAAUUCGUCACGAUAGCGGUCCAAAUGUAAUUAUGAACUGUUGUACAAAUAUAAGAGGCAAUACAGUCUAUAUUGCAGCAAAUGAGAAUGAUGGAUGUCGACAAUAUAUGGCUGAUAUCAUAAUAGAACCAACAUUUCAUAAUGGUAAAGCAGGUAAAGAUAUUAAUUUUAAAAUAACAACAGGAGAUUCGUUAUUAACAGACUUCAGUGAAGAUGAACCCUUACAAAGGAUUGUGAAAAUUAAUAAUGAUGGCAAUUUUAUGGUGACCGGAGGUACCGAUGGAUGCAUUCGACUUUGGAACUUUCCAAUAGUUAAAUCAAAAGAUACUAAAGAUACUAGACCAUUGAAAGAAUAUAAAUGUCAUACUAAAGAAAUUGAUGACAUAGAUAUAAGUUCCGAUGGGAAAUUCAUAGUAAGUGUUGCAAAAGAUGGAAAAGCUUAUCAUUGGAAUACUGUUACUAAUGAACGGUCAACACUUAUUCAUUCAGAUCCAGAUAAUGAUAAACAAAUAUUCAAAAGAUGUAAAUUUGGUGUAAUUGGAAAUAAACCAAUUUAUAACAUAUAUACAAUUUCAAAUGGUCCUAAACAAAAAUCUAACUUACAGCGAUGGUCGGUAAAGAAUAAAAUAAUUUAUGAAUUAUUGUUUUCUGAGCCCACGUCAGCAUUAGCAGUGCGUCAAGAUGGAUUAUAUAUAGCCGUAGGUACAAUGUACUCAGGAAGUGUUAGUAUACAUGAAGCAAGAGACUUAAAUAUGAUUUAUAAUAUUAAACAAGCUCAUGCUAUGUUUGUAACGGGCCUAGAAUUUUUGAAUAAAGAUUUAAUGCCAGAUAUGAAAGCAGCAGUAUUAUCAAUAUCAGUAGACAACCGCGUGUGUCUUCAUAAUGUACCAUCUAUACAAUUAGUCUCAUAUUGGAAAAUGCUCAUUAUAAUAMAUUUCAUUCUACUACUAUUUUAUUUUAUAAUAUUUAUCUUGUGAUUAAAUGUUAGAACUCAAAACUUUGGUAUAUAUUUAUUUGUUAUUGUUAWAAAUCUUUAAAAAUUAUGCUCA